AUGCAGGCCCCUGUGGAGCAGCGCUGGAGCCCCUAUGCCGACAAUGGUGGCACAUGCAUGGGAGUUGCAGGUGAAGACUUUGUGGUGGUUGCUGCUGACACACGUUUGAGUCAGGGCUACAGCAUCCACACGCGCAAUUGCAGCAAGGUGACGCAGCUCACCGACAAGUGCGUGAUUGCUUCUUGUGGCAUGAAGUCCGACGCCAUUACGCUCCACAAGCACUUGAAGGCACGCAUGGUCAUGUAUGAGCACCAGCACAGGCGACAGCCGUCAGUGACUGCAAUUGCGCAGAUGCUAUCGACCACCUUGUAUUACAAGCGCUUCUUUCCCUACUACACGUUCAAUGUGCUUUGUGGUGUUGAUGAUGAGGGCAAGGGAGCUGUGUAUAACUACGAUGCAAUCGGAAACAUGGAGCGAGUUCCCUACACGACCAGCGGCAGUGGUAGUGCUUUGGUAAUGAGCGUUUUGGAUGCGCAGAUCGCCAAGUCAAACCAAACCAUCGCGACACCGUCUUUGGACAAGGCGGGUAUUGUCGAGCUUUGCAAGGAUGUCCUCUCCUCCGUGGGUGAACGAGACAUUCACACUGGAGACUAUGCUGAAAUCUUCCUCAUUGACGCGGCUGGCAUCUCCAAGACAGAAUUCGAUCUCAAGUUGGACUGA